AUAUCUAAAAAAACUCGGUGGAGAUAGUAGAAACAAAUAUGUACAGAUAACGAGAAUCGUUUCAAAUUUCAACCAUUUGGUGUGUAGUGAUAUAACAUAACAAGUUUUUGUUUGUAAAGUGAUUUAAUGAGGUACGAUGAGAACUCUAUCACAUAUGGUAUUAAUAAUCUAUCUUGGUUCAAUAUACUGUUCAAACAUCGAAAUAGUACAAAUUUAUAGAAAUGAUACUUCACCAAUAUCGCUACAGCUGAAUUCCCAGCGCCAAAUAAUUUUGAUAUACAAAAAUCUUACGACUUUGAAUCCGUAUAGAGUGAAAACUUCAUCGGAAAAUGCCCAAAAAGAUAAACCAAUUCUAGUGGUUGCUCAACAGGAAAAGGAAGUAACUGCUUGGUCAGUGCCGUUAAUAGUCGAAUCCAGUAAAUUAGAAAAAAUGUAUUAUUAUAAUAACGUUUCAAGGACUUUAUGUCACGAUUACAUGGAUAAUAUUAUUUCGAUACAAGGUUUUUCUCUUGUACCUCUGAAUUUUUCUCAGAAUUUUAUAAUAGCCUUAUCAACUUCUGAUCCGAAUGACGUCGACGUAAUCGUAGAAUUAGAAGAAGAGAAAGAUUUUUACGUAAAAUUAGACCAGAAUUAUUUUCUUACGGUCUCGCCUAGCGAACCCAAUUAUGUAUUUCACAAAUUUAAUACUAACACUAGCGACACGAUUUUUAUCGAGAUGUAUUCAGAGGAUGAAUAUUGUCUCACAGUUUCCGUACAAAACAGCAAGUGCCCUGUAUUGGAUUUAAAUAAAGAUAUUAAAUACGAAGGUACAUAUCAAACAAUCAAUACAAAAGGCGCUAUAACAAUACCGACCAGACAAUAUAAAGAUGGUUUCUUUCUCGUAUUCGUUGCUAAACCUGAUAAUUAUGACUGCAGUCAAGAAAGUUCUUACAUACCGAGGUAUACAAAAGUAUUGUCUAUCUCUCAAAAUGAAAGUUCGACUGUUAUGUUUAAAAUAAACAACGGUAUUGGUGCUAAGCAUUACGUCCUAGCUAUUUUAGCAACUUUUUUUAUCUGCGUAAUAACCGGUUUCCUUUUAAUGGUUACCGCUUUUAUUUUCCACCGAUAUGGUACAAUAUCGAGAAAUACGUAUAAUGAUGUAUCAGUUAGCGAUUAUUUCGAACCUAUGUCCGAGGAACAAAUUAUUAAAAUAUUGAAAGAAGACCAUUUAAAUUUAUCUCAAUUCGCUAGAUAUCCAAAAAGAAUAAAGCAAAGAUCUUACAAUUAUUUAUGGCAUACGUUGAGCAUAGCCAUUUUUUAUAGUAUACCAGUGGUACAACUUGUUAUUACGUAUCAAAGGAUCGAGAAUGCUACCGGUAACGAAGAUAUGUGCUACUACAACUUCUUCUGCGCUAAUCCCGCCUUUUCUUUUAGCGAUUUCAAUCAUAUUUAUUCGAAUAUUGGUUACGUAAUAUUUGGUAUAAUUUUUAUAUGUGUAGUCGUUGACAGACACAGGCUUAUUAAAAUGAGAAAGGAUAAAGGCAUUCCCGUACAUUAUGGAUUAUUUCACGCUAUGGGUGUAGCUUUAAUCAUCGAAGGAUUAUUAUCAUCUUGUUACCAUAUAUGCCCAAGUCAGUCGAAUUAUCAAUUCGAUACAAGUUUUAUGUACGUAAUGGCGGUACUUUGUAUGGUGAAAUUAUAUCAAAACCGCCACCCUGAUAUAAAUGCAACCGCCUACUCAACAUUUUCAGUCCUCGGUAUAGCAAUUUUCAUGGCGAUGAUUGGAAUAUUGAAUGGAAAUUUAGUAAUCUGGAUAACGUUCGUUGUAUGUUAUAGUUUUCUAUGUAUCUUCUUAUCGCUCAAAAUUUACUAUUUAAAUUAUGUAAUUGACGGAUUACGUCAACUAAAAAAGAAUUUAAGUAAUAGCGGAAUCACUAUUCGAGAAUGUUUCCGCCCAAUAAGAAAAACACGGUUCAUACUUCUAGUAAUAGCGAAUAUAGCGAAUUACGCAAUGCUUGGAAUAGGUCUUUGGUUAUAUGCUGAUAAUGUAACAGAUUUUGGAACGUUCCUUUUGGGACUGUUGAUGGGUAACAGUGUUAUUCAUGCCAUCUUUUAUAUCAUUAUGAAGCUCUUCAACAAAGAAAAAAUUUGUAUGGAAGCAACAAUUUACGGUCUUCUCAGUCUAGUUGCUUGGUCAUCAUCCGGUGUUUUCUUUUUAGACGCCGCUACUUUAUGGACGGUCACACCUGCUCAAUCUAGGCAAUGGAACCAAGAAUGUAUUCUCUUUCAAUUUUUCGAUAAACACGAUAUCUGGCAUUUAUUGAGCGCCCCAGCCCUUUAUUUCACUUUUAUGUUCCUAAUGUCACUAGACGAUGAUAUAUUAGAUAUAGACAAAAGUGAAAUACCAGUUUUUUAAUAAUAAAAAAUACCUUGGACUCAAUUAACAUCAUACUACAGCAACUCUUCAAGUUUCAUUUGAAUAUGAGGGAAUAUUUAACCUGAAACUUCAUAUACCAAUCCAUAGUGAUAAAUAUUUCGUGAUAUUUUCAUAAUUUGACUGUUUAAAUAAUUUAUUUUAUGAAAUGUAUUUGUAUUACAAGGUUUGACAAUUAAGUAAUGAAACUGAUUUUUUUACCGCGCUCAUGGCAACCCUGGUAGCGAUGGCGAUUCUUUCCAAAAAAGAUCGAUUUUAAAAUCGAUUCGAAUCAUAGCCGAUGCAUAAAAAAAUCGAUUUUUUUGAAAAUUGUAUUUACAAUGUAAAUAUCAAUCCAUUUUAUGAAAAACAAGAAAGAUGCCACAAUAAAAAAUCUCUGGGAUCUACUUAUCAGUAAAAUUAGGGAUUUUUCAGCUCAGGAAAUUCGAUAAUAACAUUUAUUUUUAUUGCCGUAUGAAAGUAUCAGGUCAGGUAUAAAAAAAAUGUGAAAUAUCGAUCCACUGAAUCGAUUCAGUACUACUUAUCGAUUUAAAAAAUUAUUUGGUCCGAGGAAUCGAUUCUUCGAUUUAGAUCGCCAUUCCUAAACCCUGAUAUAACGUACUUUUUACUGAAUCAUGUGGUAACCCUGCUCUAUUGAUACUAAUUUUUUCAGUCCUUUUCGAUCAUUAGUUUUCUCUCGGUUGUGUGUUUAAUACGGGUGCGCGUCACAAAAAUGGAAACCUACAGUAUUAAAAGUGUUUGUACGGGUGUUACGUUGGUGUAAAAUGUUCAAGAAAAGUGGUGGAAGACAAAGAACAAAUAAAAUGUUCAACAAAAGCCAUGAAAGACUAAGAACAAGAAGGGAAACCGGUCGAAGAGCCAUAACAAAUAAUCUAAGAUCAAAGAAAGGAAAUUGGGAGUGAAAACUAUGUCACAUGUUUUUUUGAUAGCCGCUAUAAGGAGUUAGUUCCGUUUGAGCAAACCCUAUAUUGAGUAUUCUUCAAAAAAAAAAAGAUCGCCUAUACGUAGUGAAUAGUUCAUUGCUGCAGUACGACCAUGCACCAGUGUACCUACAGCUACCCUAAUCACCGAUUAUAUCGUCCAGUGACUUUUUUCUCUUCCCUAAAAUUAGUAACGUUUGAAAAAUAACUGUGACGAGGUGUGGUCGGAAGUUUCAAUCAAAUUCUUCUAUUGUCACAACACGUGGAAAAAUCGCCAGAGCCGGUGUAUUAGUGUGAAAAUGUUCAUUAUUAAAUUGACAGACCUCGUAGCUAUUCAAACUGUAUUGUGAAUAAUAAAUUGUAUUUCAUUAUA